AUGGCUGAUGCACCACCACCUACCCCGUCCGAGCUCCUCCGGAUGGUUACCGAGCUUCAACAAGCAAACCAACAAAUGGCCGAGGCAAAUCAACGUAUGAUGGAAGAAAAUCAAAGGAUGCAACAACAAAUUCAACAAUUAGCCAAUGCUCGUAUCCAGCAUAAUAACGAUCACCAUGGACGACAAGACAAUGAUGAGCGGCAAUCUGCGCCAACGCAUGUCUCGGAAACACCUCAAGAUGAUGAAGGAGGUGGCCCUCGCAAUGAUGAAGCCCCUCCUGAAGACGAGGAUAAUGAGCCCGACAAUUCUGCAGGGCCAUUCACAGCUGAUAUAAUGAACUUUCAGCUUCCCAGGCAAUUUACCUUGCCUACAACGUUAACCCCCUAUGAUGGCCUGGGAGAUCCGAAGAAACACGUCAAAAAGUUCCGAUCUAUUAUGAUCGUUAACGGUGCAUCCGAUCCUAUUUUGUGCCGAUGUUUUCCUUCUUUUCUAGAUGGUCCUGCACUUGACUGGUUUUGCUCUUUGCCUGCAGAUUCCAUCUCACGCUUUCAGGAACUGGCGAAGCAAUUCGAGGAUCACUUCGCGGCAUCGGCAAUAUAUCUACAUGACUCCGACUAUUUAACAACCGUUAAGCAAGGUCCUCAGGAAAGCCUGAAGGACUACAUCACCCGCUUCACGAAGAUCGCUAUGAAAAUUCCGGACCUUCAUCCGGAGGUCCAUUUACAUGCAAUCAAAAGCGGCUUACGCCCAGGGAAGUUCCAGGAGACCAUUGCUGUAUCCAAGCCAAAGACACUAGCCGAAUUUCGUGAGAAAGCUAAGGGCCAGAUAGACAUUGAAGAGCUUCGUCAAGCCAGGAAAGCUGAAAAUUCGUUUAAUGCCAAAAGAGACGACAUUAUCAAGGAAAUUCUGAAUUCUAAGUUGAUCAAACCCCCUCGAAGGGCUGGCAGUUACCCUGAACCCAAGAAUAUCGACAAAUCCAAGUACUGCACAUUUCAUCAGAAGUAUGGUCAUACAACCGAUGAAUGCGUUAUCGCAAAGGACCUCCUUGAACGCCUGGCGAGACAAGGACAUCUUGACAAAUAUAUUGCAGGCCAUAUACAGAAAAGGACUAUUCCUACAACGGACCCAUCUCCUCUGGGGUCAUCAUCCAGGGACAAAGAAAAAGCCCCUGCUCAGCCGCGGGGUAUCAUCAAUUACAUCUCUGGAGGAUACACUGGAGGCGGGUCCACAAGCUCGGCCAGAAAGCGCACGUAUAGAGCCAUGUUGGCUGUUGGAGAUACCACCAACAAUGCUCAGCCUGUACAAGACAUGCCAAAGAUGACCUUCCGUCCAGCCGACUAUAAUUGCGUUGCCACAAACUUGGAUGACCCUGUUGUCAUCUCUCUCCAAUUAGGAGACUUAAUAGUUCGGAAAGUACUGCUGGACUCAGGCAGCAGCGCCGACGUAUUAUUUUUUGCUACAUUUGAGAAAAUGAAAUUAAGUACUAACAUUUUAUAA